AUGUUUUUUGUUUUGAUCAUAUUAAAUGGCGUACACGGUUUCAAAGUGCCUGGUAAUUGUGGUGUUGGACACUUUUAUGAACCGAGCUUGAUGGAUUGCCUGCCUUGUCCCGCUAAUGCAUCUCUGGUCACGUCAGCUGAUGGUUUUGGAUGUUCAUGUUCCGAGCAUAGCGUUCCGAGCGGCAUAUCAAAAUGCAGACCAUGUAAUAUUACAGAAAUUGUCUCAAGCGAUGGGAAUUCUUGUGUUUCACGUAGAUGCCAGAGUUCCGCCGGCCGUAUUGUUUGUAGGAAAUGUCCUAAUGAUUAUAUAUCGGUGACUCAAAAUUUUGACGGAUCUCCGAUGAAGGAGGUUCAAUGUGUUAAAUGUGCCCGCGGUUAUAAAGCUCUGAACAAUAGAUGCGUUUGGUGUGAAGCGUGCGCUUGUAGGAAACAUGAAAUAGUAGUUAAAGGAAAUUGUAUUCCAAGGAAAUAUGUUCUAGACAGACCUAAGUACUCGGAGAACAUAUUACAUCCAGACGAAGUUUUAGAAUUUAUAAAAUUGGAAUAUUUAUGUACUAAACAAGACAACCGCGCAUGUCGUAGUUUAGCGAGCGUCUGUGUCCGUAAUCAUUACACUUACCACCCAGCCGGUCCCUGUAGACUCUGGAUACAAAGUAAUUUGACCAGUUUUAAAGAUCGCGAUGUUUAUAGUGAAGGUGCUUUAAAAGUUCAGUUACUUGUGGAGGUUCAGUAUGCUUUAAAACAUCCAUCAUACGAUACUAUCACAACAUCGAUCAUAGUUGAACAUCAAAAACCUGACGCGGGGGUCACGACUAACUUGGAAAUAUCAGGAGCUGUGUUGUCAUCGAUCUUUGUGGUUUAUAGUUUACUUCAAUGGCGAGGGGCCACGCGUCGUGGUGCUAGACACUUCAUAAUAGUGCCUUUAUUUUGUGGUUAUGUUGCCGAUGCACUUUAUAUUGCAACGUUUAUUUCAUCUCUUCACUCUUUCUGCUCGGAGGCUGGGACUCUCAGUGUAACUCUCCCGCUGUCGGAAGAUGAAGAGCAUCUGAUUAGAUCAAUGAUAUAUACUGUUCUUACUAUGAAGUUCCUGAACCAAUAUGAAUCCUACCCAUCAAACAGUCAAGGUUAUAAAUGGGUGAUGGCGACACUGGUGUGGUGGAUCUCCUACUGCUGUGUCUCAUUGGUAUUCAUUUUAAAGGAAAAGUUUUUUACGCCGAACACAACUAAGUUGAGCAAACUGUGCAUAAAUUUAGAAAUAUCACUGCUAGUGUUCCAAUAUGAAUACUAUGCACAUUAUGUGAAUGGCCGUAAUGAUGAUUUGGAUAUAAGGUCGAUGUCACAAACGCUGCCACAUUGUCGUCUUAUUUGUUCACCACAUUUGAGAAACACUUUCGUUAAACUUAAAGACUCUAGUGACUAUACAGACGGCUUCACCAAUCACACUCUUUUAUCUCAAUUUCUUGGAGCAUUUUUUGAAAGGGCGUUAGAUGGUCUCAGCUGGGUUGCCAGUGAGAGGACGGUUUUAGAACGUUUGUUGGACAUUGAACUCACAGAGCGUGAAGGCGGGAACACUAGUGUUUUGCUUUACGAUAAUAACGUCUCAAUACCUUCACUAUUAUCUACUACAUGGAUGGGUGAAGAAUGGAGUCUGACAACAUUCGACGCUAUGGUAUUCGGUUGCAUUUUAAUAGCAUCGGAGCAGCGAGUGCGUAUUGAAGCCGAAUUGAAUAACACUGAUUGGCGCGUCAGACCAGAGGAGGUUCUUGUGGAGGUGAGAGCAGGACUUGUAGGUGGUCCAGCGUUACACAGCAUCAAUGAAGUAUUAAAGCUGUCAUUGGCGUGGAGUGGUCGCAGUAACUCAAGCUCUUCGAACGUUGCCCCACAACUUACACUGUCGUCGUUUACAGUCGGACUUUAUAAAGGGAAUAGGGUCGCUGUUAAGAAAAUACAUAGAAAGAAACUUGAUCUGAACAAGAAACUGUUGUGGGAGAUAAAACAAGCUCGUAAUGUAUCUCACGAGAACACAGCGCGUUUCAUAGGAGCGUGCGUGGACUGUCCAUUAGUGUUCAUACUUACGGAGUAUUGUCCUAAAGGAUCCUUGAAGGACGUCCUCGCCAAUGAGGAGUUGCAGCUCGACUGGAACUUUAGAACAUCGCUGGUGCAUGAUAUUGUUCAGGGAAUGUGCUACUUACAUAGCGGGCUGGGUGCUCACGGAAAAUUGAGAUCUUCAAACUGCCUCAUCGAUGGACGUUUCGUUCUCAAAAUAUCAGACUACGGCCUCAACACUCUUUGCACGCCGACGGACUUGAUUAAAGACGACGCCUACUAUUACAAACUUCUAUGGACAGCACCGGAGCUGGUAGCCGGCAGUGUGUAUCCUGGAGUAGUUGCGUCCCUCAAAGGCGACGUGUAUAGUUUCGGCAUUAUUCUAGAAGAGAUUGUUCUACGAUCUGGGCCUUUCCAUCACUACACCGCAACUAUGUCUAAUAAGGAGAUAGUGUCUCGUGUGUGUGGUCGUGAGUCGCCUCCCUUUCGUCCGGUGGUGAUGCCGGGAGGUGCCGGUGCUGGUCCCGAGCUGUUGGAGCUGGCUGAACGCUGCUGGGCUGACUCUCCAGACGACAGACCAAGUUUUGAUACUAUCAACGCUAAUUAUAUCAAAGGAUACUGCGACAAUUUAAUGGACGAUCUCUUAAGACGUAUGGAACAAUACGCGAACAAUCUCGAAUCUCUAGUAGAGGAGAAGACAGAACAGUUGUCAUUGGAGAAGAAACGUUCAGAGGAGUUGCUCUAUCAAGUUUUGCCAAGGCCUGUGGCUCAGCAAUUAAUGGCUGGUGAGGUGGUCCAACCAGAGAGCUUUGAGAGUGUGACCGUGUACUUCAGUGAUAUAGUUGGGUUCACUGAACUCUGCGCAGCCUCUACUCCCAUGCAGGUGGUGGACCUACUCAAUGACCUGUACAGCACCUUCGAUAGAAUCAUCGGCUUCUAUGAUGUCUAUAAGGUGGAAACAAUAGGCGACGCGUACAUGGUAGUGUCAGGUUUACCUGAACGUAACGGAGAUCUUCACGCGAGAGAGAUCUGCCUCAUGGCCCUCGCUAUCGUGCAGGCUGUGAGGACAUUCGUAGUUCGUCACCGACCAGGUGGUCAUAGAUUGGAGGUGCGUGUUGGCGUACACUCAGGUCCAGUCUGCGCUGGUGUGGUUGGCGUCAAGAUGCCACACUACUGUCUGUUCGGAGACACAGUUAACACAGCCAGUCGUAUGGAGUCCACGGGACAGCCUCUGCGUAUCCAUCUGAGUGAGAACACCAGGUUGCUGUUGGAACAGUGGGGUACAUUUAUAGUGGAGCGUCGCGGGGAGGUCGAGUUGAAGGGUCGAGGUCGGAUGCUGACUCAUUGGCUGUUGCAUUGUUCUGAGCAAGAAGCGCGCGUGGUGACUCCUGAUCCUCAACUACCUCAAUACCCCAUACUGUUCCCAGCACUGCCGCCUCUGAUGCAUGCUCCAUACUUGGUUGUAGAUCCACCAACCCUGGCUGCUUAA